AAGAGAUCAAGAGUCAAUAAAACAAUAUUAUUAAAUACUUCCGUCUAUUACUAUUUUCUUAUUAGUUAAAAACAGUAUUUAUUAAAUUAAAUUUACUUUUUUUAAAUUAUUUAAGUGAAAAAUAAUUAAUAUUUUUUUGUUAAAAUAUUUAAAAAACUUAUCUUACAUUACAUUAUUUUGGGUAAAAAUGAUUUUAAAUGACCAAGUCGCAUUAGUUACUGGGGCUGCUUCUGGAAUUGGAUACGAAUAUGUUAAGCACUUAUUAGUCAAUGGUGUAAAGGUUGCAGCAUGUGAUUUAAAUUUUCUAACAUGUCAAAAAGUGGUUGAUGAAUUUGCAUCUGAUUAUGGUUACAAAAACAUUAUUCCUGUAGAAUGCGAUGUUACUAACAAUGAUAACUUUGAAAAUGCUUUUAAGACAUGUAUUCAACAUUUUGGAAAAUUGAAUAUUGUAGUCAAUAAUGCUGGUGUAUUAGAUAAUUCAUUGGAUGGCUGGGAGAAAACCAUUACUAUCAACUAUUGUGGAGUUGUGAGAGGAACAAUGCUUGCUAUCAAAUACAUGAGUCAAAGAAAUGGCGGUAUUGGAGGAAUAGUGGUUCAAACAGCUUCAAUAACAGCUUUGGGAGACCCUGUAUUUUUUUUCCCAGUUUACAGCUCUUCUAAAAGAGCUGUUGUGGAAUUCACAAGAUGUAUUGGGGAUAAACGAAAUUUUGAUAUACAUGGAAUUAGAAUGAUGUCAAUUUGUCCUGGUUACACUAAAACAAUGCUGACCAAAAAUAUUGAUAGACAUCUUUUUUGGCAUGAAGAAAGUUCAAACCAUUUUAAUCAAGUCCUUCCUGAGAUACAAUUUCAAGAGGCAGACCACGUUGGAAAAUCAUUGAUAGAUAUUUUACAUCAAGGUAAAACAGGAGAAUCGUGGAUUGUUGAAAACGGAAAACCACCAAAAUUGGUAAUAAAUUAUUAAAAUAUGUUUUAAUAAACUUUUAAAAAUAUAAUAACUUUGUUUUUGUGAAAUUAAAAUAAUUUUUGAAACACAGAACACUCAAGUUUUAUUAAUGGAUUAUAUUUAAAUUUAAUUAAUCAAUAUAUUCGGCAUAUUUAAACUAAUAUAUAUUUUUUUAA